CGGCCAUUUAGAUUUCAGUACACUAGAAUUCAUAGCAUGGAAUCUAAUGAAACAAUAAACUCGUCACUCUCUAAAGUGAAAUCAAUUCCUGACGCCGACCUUGAUAAUCUUCUAGUUUUUAGUCAAAAAUCAAAUGAUAAUGCCGACCUCACAAAUUUUCAACAUCACCAAGAUAUGGAAAUUCCACUCCAUACUACAGAUCUUUUUCGUGAAGAUGACAACGAAAAAGAAAAAACUCCCAACAACAAAACUCAAAAGUACCCUGCAGAAUUUAAUCUUUCAUUCUCGCUUGGAAGUUCAGAUCCAACAUUGGUGAUUAACACACAGAAAAUAGAUAGAAUUGAACUAACUGGUGACUCGGUUAAAAAUAAAUUUGAAGAAUCUAUUUUUGUUCAUCCUCAAAUGAAGGAUGAACCACUGGAUCUUUCUAUCCCAACAUUGCAUUUUCAAACUUUGACAGAUUCCAAAUUAGAAGCUAACGUAAUUGAUGACUUGGAUUUGGAAUUCACUCCAGAUCCAGAUCCAAUUUCGGCCAGAAAAUUUCCUCCAAGUAUCAGACCAAAUGAGUCGUUUACGACUGCAGAGGAUGAUCCAUAUCUAAUCGGUCCAAGUACCUCACGUCCGCAACCUCCUCCAUCGCCUAUAAUGGCAAGUCCUUCACGUAGAUCACCCAUGCAAUUCUUGACCCUCAACUAUAGUCAAGCUUCUCUAGAAGAUGAUAGACCAACUUCAAACACUCGAAGGGAUUUGCAUUCAUCUGAAAAUGCACAACAGGAUGUUACCCUAGUUCCCAGCUCAGUUCAACGUCUCUAUGAGACAAUUAAAAUCUCUUACUCGGAUUUUUCAUUUGUAUAUUCGUUGGCUGCACAAAUGUGCCAAGAUCGUGUGCCGAUGGAUUGCUUUGUGCAUUUGAAAAUUGGUCUAUUGCUUAGUAUUGCCUCAUUGGAGGAUAAUCCAGAUCGACCUCCCAUAUCAAUUGUUGCCAUUGGACCUGAAUUUGGAAUGGCCAAUUAUUUGAUGGAGGCCAUUGGUGAUGUGGCUGAAAGAUUUGUCGGUCCACAUGAUGGCUUCAAAGUGGCACCAGCAACCAAAAAUAGUAAACACACUUGGAUCGAAGCCGAUCCAAUUGUUAUGGCAAAAGGUGGAAUAUACUAUGUUGGAGACUGGGGACGGUUAAAACCUACGCGUAGUUUUAAAUUGUUUAAAACAAUUGAAUGUGGUCGAGUUGCACUUGAAAGGACAACUGUAACUUGUCCAUUGGAAGCAGCUAUAUGGACUCAUUGGCGAUCAUAUAAAUAUGAUACAAAAGAUGAAAAUACUUUUAGUAAGUUUCUUGAAAUAUUUGGUAUUCCUCUUAUAAUCGAGGAAGAAAAUCACGAAGUUCUGGUGGAUUUAAUGCUGGAGCAGGCCUCUGAAAAAGCAUUUGAAUCUACCAUUGAUGAACUCUCAAUUUGUGCCGAUGAUAUGCGUGAAUUUCUAUCGAUUGUUAGCAAGAGACGGGUUGAUUUAUCACAUGAAGCUUCAGAAAUUUUAAGAAAAUAUUUUGUAACUUCAAGAAUGGAUAGACCAGAUUGUUUGACACAAAAAUCAUUUGUUACGCUUAAACUAUUUGCCGAAUCAUUUGCUAAGUUAUCUUUGCGUCAUGAUGUGAUAAUGAUUGAUGCAAUUGCUGCAAUUUAUAUGACGGAAAUUGUCAUUCAGAAUAUAUUUGGACCAGGAGUAUAUCCACCACCGAAAUAUCAAGCGCACACUUAUAUUGGGGCCGUUGACGAACAUAUGGUGCAGUUUCAGGAAUGGGUUAAGAAUUAUAUUUCACAGUUUCUGGAUUAAUUGUUUUGUUUCGAAUUUAAUUGAAUACUUCAUAG